GCAGUCACCUCGAUAUUGUUUUCUUAAAACUAGUAGGUAACACCUUAAAAGACUUAUGAUGUUUGUUAAAGAAGUUUUAGUGUUGUUUUUAUUUGUGGCACUGGACGUUGUUUCCAGUGAAAUAUGUAGCAAUUCUAGUGAAAGUGGUUGCGACUGUAGCCAGUUUACCAAUCCCAAGACACACCUUCCUACUUACUACGCGGAUUGUAGAAGCAGAAAUUUACAAGAUAUUCCGAAAAACAUAGAAAAUAUAAUACACAUAUUAGAUCUGUCAAUCAACAACAUUCAAACGCUUGAUCCAAAGAAAUAUAGCUUAAGCAGUGAAAAUCUAGAAGAACUAAUUCUUAGUUAUAAUAAUAUCACCUCCGUCGACGUCAGCUUUUUCCAGAAUCUACGUAAAUUAAAAAAACUGGACUUGAGCAACAAUUUCAUCGCUAGUUUAGAUAAUGCAGGUGUUUUUCAAAACCUUGUACAUCUCGUGAAGUUAGACCUUAGUUUCAACAAUUUAAAAACCUUACCGGACUUUAUUUUCAAUCCCCUAAGUAAACUAACCCAUUUAGAUUUGAGCUACAACUAUCUAAAUGAACUCUUAACUCAAUCAAAAGAAGUGUUGACGGACAAAUUAGGGGUUACUUCAAAUUUAACUUACCUUCGCAUGGAUGGUUUAGCUCUAAAGGAACUACCAGCUGGAUAUUUUGAUAAGCUUGCUGCAAUGAAAGGUCUAUCAUUGGCAGAUAAUGAGUUCGGACUCAUCCCUACAGUUCCUUACACAUUGGAACAUUUAGACUUAUCCGGUAAUCAAUUCACUUUCAUCUCAGCCAAAUAUCUGAACUACCACUCCUUAAAAAGCCUCAAAUUAAACAGAAUGGCAAGUUUGACAGAUAUUCACCAUUACGCUUUCUACAAUCUCUUCGCUUUAGAAAAAUUGAUUAUCAAUGACUGUCCAAAUUUACACCAAUUUAGUGAACUGGCGUUUGAUGUACUUUCCAAAGAUAUUGACCAUCACCUCAAGAUACUGUCUUUAGCUAGAAAUGGUUUGAGAAGCCUGAAUGAAACCUACAAGUAUCUGUUUGUAAAAAUGGACCAUGUGGAUUUAUCGCACAAUCAUUGGGAGUGCGAUUGCGAUAUUUUGUGGCUUCAACAUUUUGCCUUGGAAUUUUACAAGCCUCAGGAAAUAAGGUGUCACUCGCCAGAAGACCUCAAGCACAAACCAGUCUUGCAAAUCAAAAACAGCGACCUAAAAGACUGCUUUCCUGCCAUUUACGGAAAGAAGAGCCACAGAUUGUUAAUCGUUAUUUUAUCACUGGCGAUUGUGGUACUAUGUGGCCUCAUAUUUUUCCUCUUAAGGUAUCCAGUAAGCAGUUUCAGUAGGUCCCACAGGAUUGGACCUAAUUCUCCAUACAAUUUGGCGUCAACGCAUGAGUAAAUUUAGGUUUUUUUGUUUUCUUUUAUAAUUUAGGUUUAGAAGAUUUAUUUACCUGCUGAUUGUUUAUUUUUACUUUUAAAUCAUACUGCUUUUGGCGUAUUUUUGUUUUGUGCUUUGUACUUUUGUAGAACUUUUUUUUCUUUCUAGUCUGUACUAUCGGUUUAUUUUAGAAUGUAGGUUCCAAUGUAGGUUUACAAAAAUGUUACUUUUGUUUUGGUUGCUUUUUUACUUCUCCAUUUACUUAACUUUAAGUGUUAUUAAAUAAAGUACCUACCAUUUAUCU